AUGCCUGCCCGCUGCCUUCUCCUCCUCCUCCUCCUGGGGCUGCUGGAGCCUGUUUGCUCCCAGCAAGCCCGGGGCAGCCUCCAGCCAUGGUCACAGGGUGUCAUCGCAGUGGCUGUGUUUCUAGUCCUGGUGGCCAUCGCUUUCGUGGUCAAUAGGUACUGGUGUAAGAAGAAAGUGGAAAAUGUUGAGACGGUGGUGAGCGUCGAGGACAAGCCAGAAGCUGUCAUGUCCAAUGGCCAUGAAGGGAGAUAUGUAACUGCUGCAGCCAACUUCAGGUCCAAAGAGAGUGAGCACGCCUAUGAGAACACCCUGGAGCCCGAGGAGAGGGUGAUCACCACUGCCAUGUAG